ACAUCACAAAAUUUAUCCAUAUAUACACAGAUUCCACAGAUUUUCACUUUUUUGUUGUUUUUUGCUUUUCCGCCCAAACUCGAAUGCUCCAGAAGUCAACAAACAAAACCUCUCCUUCAUGUCGCUAAAUUUUACUUUCGUGUUCCUGUACUGAGCGUCAUGCUGCCGGGCAUUGGAGUCUUUGGCACAGGGGACAUCGUGCGUGCCCUUGUGCCCUUUCUCAGGGCUAAGGGCUUCCGUGUCGAGGCUGUGUGGGGCAGGACACUUGAAGCUGCCGAAAAUGUGGCCACCGAACUCAAUAUUCCUUUCCAUACAAAUAAGGUUGACGACGUUCUUCUCAGAAAGGAUGUGGAUCUCGUUUUCAUCAUCUGCCAGCCAGACUUGCAUGCCCAGAUAGCAGUCAAAGCCUUGGGAAUCGGCAAACAUGUCCUGUGUGACCGGCCAGCUGGUCUCUGUCAGCUGGAGGUGCUGAAGAUGGUGCAUGCGGCACAGUACUAUCCCUCGCUGAUCUCAGUGAUCUCACAUGGCUUGCGCUUCCUCCCAGCCUUUGUGCACAUGAAGCGACAGAUUGAGGCAGGCUACGUUGGGACAGUGAACGUGUGUGACGUGAGAGUGCACUGUGGUAGCAUGAUUGGCAACCAGUUUGAUUGGAUGUGCAGCCAUCUGAUGGGAGGGGGCAUCCUGACCAUGGUGGGCAGCCACAUCAUUGAUGUGAUCUCCUUCGUGACAAGCCAGCGUGCCACUCGUGUCCAUGGCAUGAUGCGCACCUUUACCAAGAGCACGGAGAAGAUUAAUGGUAUCCGUUGGAUUGAUAGUGAUGACUUCUGUAGCUUCCAGAUGAUCCUAGAUGAAGGGGCCUGUGUGACAGCCACGCUAAACAGCCACAUGGCAGGGGGCUUCGUACAGGAGGUAGUGGUGUGUGGAAGCAGAGGCAGGCUGGCUGUGCGUGGGGCUAACCUCUACGGCCAGAGCCACACCUCGGAGAAAGAGGAGGAGCUGCUGCAUGAAGGAGCCGAUGAUGUGGCACAUCUCACCAACAAAAACAACAGUGCCAGGAUAAACUCUCUACUGCCUCAGCCAUACCUGCAGGGCCUGUUUCGUCUGGCAGGUGCACUCAAGGAGGCCUUUGCCACAGGGGAUGGGGAGCAUGGUUGGCUCAAGGAGCCUGUCUCGACUGCAGCCACCUUCGAGGAUGGCCAGUAUGUCCAGGCAGUCAUCGAUGCCAUCAAGCUUUCUUCAGCCAGUCGGCAGUGGGAGCAGGUAACUGUAGCCAAUGAUGAGAGCGAACUGAACCCUUUAAUGACCAGGCUUAACCUCCCUAACAUUAAUAUGAGCUCUCUGGACGCACUGUCACAGGCUCCAACUAACCGAAUCACUCCACAGCGUAAGGUCACUAGCUCUGAGUCGCACCUUCCUUGGAGCUUUGCCACAAAACACUAAAUAGAGAACCAAAAAACAAAGCAAAAAAAA